AUACUUGUCUCGUAACAAUAUCACAACGACCCGUUUAAUGAGAUUACCGGUACACGUUUAAAUGACAUGAGACCCGGAAUAUAAUAAAGUGCGUGUUUCAUUUAGUGUGAAGUAAAUAUAUUCGCGUGUUUCUUUUUUGUAUUUCUACUAAUUUAUAUUGACAGGAUAUGCACGGCAAGCUAGAAGCUUAAAUACCGUAGUGAGUGAAUAAAAAUAUAAAUAAUUUAUACUUUUGUAAGAAGCAUAUUACAUUUAAUAAACUAUGAAAAGCAGGGGAUUUUCAACAUAAAGAGUUCACUAAUAAUUUAUACUAACUUCAAAGUAAACAAACAGACAUCUUUUUCGGCAGCUGAAAUGCGGUGAUCUCAUUAUCUCACUGACCAUCAGAACAUUAUGAAACGCUUUAGCAAAUACAACAAUUUGAUUGCUUAUGUUUCCAAUUAUUCACAAUUACUGUUUGCAAAUUGAAAGAUUGCUUCCAACCCGGGCUAUAGUUUACACUGCUUUCUUUGUAAUUCGCGACUAGAUGAGCGAUAACGUCGCAUCUGAAAGUUGUCGACAAUUAUUAGACUGACAUACAUUUGUAAAUAAUUAUACUUCUAGUUGAAAGCGAAAAUGAAAUAUUCCGAGAAUUAACUGGAAUUGUUUCGGUUCUGGAAUAUUGUCCACAAUGAUUCCUUUUGUGUUGAAUCUACUCAAGUUGCAGAUAAUACAUAUCGUUCAUAAUUCGUGUGGCCAAUGGAACAUUCGGACAUUGCAACAUGGCUUCAACUGAGAACGAUUCCCGUCCAUCGGACGUUACAGAACAUGAUGCCGAACACAAUCAGUCAUGUGAGCCUUUACAAGUUCAAGAAGGAUCAACAGAACCCGCCCAUUGGUGGCGGAGAAUUUCACGAAAAAAAGUAUGUGUGUUCGUGCUCGUGAUCAGCAUUUUGAUAAUCGGCGUUGUGGUUAUUGCUGUCGUUUUAAAGAAGCGACAUGAUGCGUUAGCUUUGACGUCAACACAGGCCCAAACACGGAAUCAGCAGGAUCCAUCGGUUGACUAUUUCGUUAAUAACGAUGGGGAGUGUCCGCCGCCAGACAUUUGUCGACUCAAGAUCGUCGGUAGAACCUCCAGGUUUGAAGAAAGACAUUGUGAAGCCGACCCUGGUAUUGUGUCAAACGAAACAAAAUGUAUGCAGUGUGGUGAGACCUGUUAUACGGCCGAAAAUCUUACAUUAAUGUUGGGACAUCAUAUCCCUUGCAAUACUUCUCCUACACACUUCUAUAGACACUAUAUAACAUGUUGUACUAUCCAAUCACUCGCAGCUAAGGACAUAUGCGGAGGCCAUGGGAUUUACAGUUGCAGGGAAGAUUUGAGGCCUCCAGAAUGUAAUUGCCUUGCUGGAUGGAAUGGUACAUAUUGCAGUCACGAAAGCAACGAAACGGUUGACUGUAAAUGCCUUAAGAAUGGAAAAAGAUUUAUGCAAGAGUUUAUGCACGAGCCAAUUACGGUGGAGUGCAACAAUGAAACUCGCCCAUCGAAUUGGAGACGCUGCCACAUAGAGGUAGAAAACGACACUUGCAUAUGUGCGCCCCUGUCUGAAGGUUUUGUGACGUACGGCGAAGAUGGGCCUGAAAUGUGCAAUGCUCGACGUGGACAAAAUGCUCAAUUAUCUGUGCGUUCAGGACAAAAUUUGGGGCCACCCGUUAGUUACCUUUUGACUUGCAUGUGUGUAUUCGUCACAGUGUACGAGAAUGAAAUGGCACAGCAACUAAUAAAAAGUUUGACUAAUAUCACUUGACAUACAUGAAUAUAUUAUUAUUUACAAAACAAUAUUUCAACCCAAAUUACUGCAGGUCAAACCCAGGCCAUUUUACGGUUAGCUUUACACAUUCGUUAAGUGUAAAUUGCGUUCGAGGACCAAAAUGCUCGUUAAACGAUGUCGUGUUUUUAUAUCUGUGUUUAUUUAUACAUUCACUGAAUACAUUGAUACAUUUGCAAAUUAAUUCAUCCUACCCCUUACAUACUAUCUGCAUAUGUAAAAGGAUUUCCGCAUCAUGGCAUGUUUACCGUGAAGAUAUUUGAUUGCGGCGAUCUUACAUAGAAAUGUCAAACGCCAGUGGGGGCAAUAAAUCGGUUGUGCAAAACAAGACACCAGAGUGCACCUCCAAGUUACGAGAAAAAUGCAUCUCGUCUGCGGUUUCUGUUUUGAAAUGUGUAUGCUUAAAGUGAAGUUCACAUUUAUUUGCGGCUUUGUCUUUACUUACAUGAGAUGCUUAAUCGGGAGUAUUCCAUAUGUCAAAACAAACCCACAAUAUCCACGGCUUUCCAGAAUUGCGAAGCCUUUAUUUUAAAUGUCAAUAAUAUUUUAACUGAUAAUUUUAUAACUCUUUAUAUUGUUAUUUAUUGUAUAUAAGAAUAAAAAAGUGUUAUAAAACUA